CCGGAUAAAGAACUAGUUGAUGACGUAGUGACAAGCAGAGGAAGUUGUUGUUAUCGUGUAGAGUUUUGCUUGUAAUGUCGGACACUGCAAUAGAAAAUCCUUUGAAAUUUUCAAGUCAUUCCUACUCGGUGCAGUUCUCGACAGUAUGGCAGCAGGAGUCGGACGACGAAAGCGACGUCGUCGUCGAGAGAGGGCAAACGACUACUGAAAGGUUUGACAGUAGACAGUGCUCCAGACGCAGUCUGAAAGAUUUGUAUGAAUGCGAACCAAAAGAACAGCAGGUUUUUUUGGAAGGCCAGGACAUCAAGGUGUCUAUCGCUGGAAUGGAAAGAGAUACACGAGGGCAUCCAUUGAAUCCCAAUCUCUACACAAUUCGAUUGAACCACGGGGACUUCAUAUGGACUGUAAAGCGUCGUUUCAAGCACUUCAGAGCACUAAGAAGUGACCUUCUCUUAUACAAGGCUCAAAAAGGCAAUAGAUAUCAGGGUAGAAGACUAGGCCACGUUCCAGGCUUGCCAUUUAGGCCAGAGAUGGCAGUUCGCCAUGUAACAGGACAAGUUUCAGAGCGUCGUAAGCAAGGUCUCGAAGCUUUCUUGCAAGGAAUUGUCAACAAUCCAGGCUACAGACGACACCAACAAACUUUAAACUUUCUGGAAGUAAGUCGUUUCUCGUUUGUACAUGAUCUUGGAACAAAGACAAAAGAAGGAGUGAUCAAGAAGAAGAGUGGUGGUCGAAAGUUUACAAAAUGUCGGCAAUGUUGUAAUCUGUGCUGCUACAAAUGUGCGUGUGGAUUCUGGAAUAAGCGGUGGCUGUUAGUGAAGGAUACGUUCGUUGCUUAUAUUCAUCUUCAAACAAGGGAAGUGAGUAGUGUUCUUUUGUUCGACCGAGACUUUUCCGUCAAGUGCGGCAGAGAGGAGACGGGCAUUCACCAUGGAUUACAAAUUGCCAAUCAAUCGAGGGAGUUACUUUGUCAGUCUUGGAGCUACAGACAAACAAGAGAGUGGUUUGAAGCGAUCAAUGACAAGAUGACGAGUCCAGCUGGAUGUGUUUGGUUGAAAGAACAUUGCAAUCAGUCGUUUGCUCCUGUGAGGGAUGAUACUUCAUGCAAAUGGUUUGUGUGUGGUGAGACCUAUUUUGAAGCUGUAGCUGAUGCUCUAGAGUCUGCUGAACAGGAGAUCUUUAUCAUGGAUUGGUGGUUAACACCUGAAUUUUACUUGAAGAGAAAGGGAGAACUGUCUCUUUACUGGCGACUUGACGAAAUUCUGAAACGGAAAGCAAAUCAAGGCGUGAAGGUGUAUGUAUGUUUGUACAAAGAAGUUGAAGCAGCUGUAACAAUUGCAUCGUUGCGGGCUAAGCAAAUUUUGCAAGGUCUCCACUCUAAUAUACUGGUGCUUCGUCAUCCUGACCAUGAUGUUGUUGGAGGAACAUUUUUGUGGGCACAUCAUGAGAAGAUCGUCUGUGUGGAUCAAUGCAUUGCAUUUGUAGGCGGGCUAGAUAUGUGUAUUGGUCGUUGGGACAAUGGUGAUCAUUGCUUAACAGAUGUGGGUGAAAUACAUCUGCCAGUUCAAACUUUACCAGACGGUGGAGUAACAGCUGCUAUUGCUGAACCAACAGCUGUGUUAUUGGCGACUGCAAAUUUACUUUCUGCUGACAAUCUAGAAGGCUCAGCUUUAACUCAAUCCCAGGCAUUGGAAUUCAGCAUGUCAGGUGGUACAAUGCAUGAAAAAUGGGUGGGACAAGAUUACUACAACCCAUUUCUUCGAACCGGCGUUGACUUGGAUCAUCCCAGUGAAGACAUGGUUGAUCGUCGUCAGUAUCCACGUAUGCCAUGGCAGGACAUUGGUGCAUGCGUUCUUGGACAGGCUGCUAGAGAUGUUGCACGUCACUUUGUUCAUCGUUGGAAUUUUAUCAAGACUGAAAAGAAGAAAAACUUGGACAACUACCCGUUUCUGCUGCCUCGCGAUCGACUUUCACCUUCAGAUGAUGAACUGAACUCAUUUAGGAGACUUCUAGGAACGUCACUUUAUCAUUGUCAAACUCAGGUACUUCGUUCCUGUGGCGAAUGGUCAUCUGGUCUCCCACCGGAGCAGUCAAUUCUUAAUGCAUACAUAAGUCUUAUUGAGCAAGCAGAGCAUUUUAUUUAUAUUGAGAAUCAGUUUUUUAUUACGUCAUUGACAGGCAGUGUUGGCAAUGAGAUUGGAGACGCCCUGUUCAAGAGGAUAGUUCGAGCCCACAAGGAAGGCAAAAUUUUUAAAGUGAUUGUGGUCUGUCCACUUCUACCAGAAUUUGAUGGUGAGAUUGGCGAGGCUAGUGGUACGGCCAUUCAGACAGUCUUACAUUGGAAUUAUCACUGCAUGGUUCGUGGAGGGCAGUCACUGAUGCAGAGACUGCAAGCAACAGUUGGCAAUCCAUCUAAUUACAUCAUGUUUUUUGGCUUGAGAAAGCACGAUGAACUGAAGGGAAAGCCUGUGUCUGAGAUUGUUUACGUUCACAGCAAACUGAUGAUAGUCGAUGACAAGAAGGCAAUAAUUGGAUCAGCAAACAUCAAUGAUCGAAGCAUGACAGGUCGUCGAGAUUCUGAGAUUGCUGUACUUGUAACUGAUUCUGAGAUGAUUGAGUCUAAAAUGAACGAUCAGCUUUAUUUAGUUGGCAAGUUUUCACACAGUCUAAGAAUGCAGAUUUUCAGAGAACACUUUGGAGGUGUCAGUGAUGAUGAAAUUGCUGAUCCACUUUGUGACACUGUCUUCAAGUACACUCUGGUGGCAACUGCAGCCAAGAACACUUAUAUUUUUGAAGAGGUUUUCAACUGUAUGCCUUGCGACUCGGUCAAGACAUUUGCAGAGGCCAAAGCUAAACGACUUGAAAAAACUUUGGCUCAAGUUGACAGUGCACAAGCUCGCGACAAGUUGAAAGGUGUAAAGGGCAAUGCAGUUCUGUUUCCUAGAUCGUUUCUGGAGGCAGAAGAUCUGUUGCCUAAGUUUGGUACUGCCAAAGAAUCUCUUAUUCCUUCAAUAACGUUUACUUAGAAAAACAAUGGAAAAUUUUCUUUUGACGAAUGAAUUAGAGUUUAUCAGUUGACGUUAGGACAAUCUCAAAGCCACUUUUUAGUUGCCAAUCUUUUGAAUAUGUUUUAUGAGGUGGUCACAUGGGUCUGCCAUUGAUGUAACAGCCACGGUGAUUUUCUUUGUAUUUUGCGGUGAUUUUCUUUGUAUUUUGCGGUGAUUUUCUUUGUAUUUUACGGUCUUUACCAACUUUUAUCUAAUUAUUUAUGAAUACACUAAAUUUAGGAAGCCGAGUGCUCCUAAUGAGUG